UGGACAGCGUGCAGAACUGAGUCGAUUGCCACGAAUGUGAGAUUGUGAGAGAGAAUGAUGGAUGAGUAGGUGUGUGCUUCGAGGCGCGAGAAUGUAUGGGCUUGGACGCGGUGCUGAUGGGAGUGCGGAGAGUAGCGUGACGGGCGAGACUUGGGAGCGGCAUGAGGGCGCGACAGACGGGAUCAGUGUAUGACGGGAAGCAGAGCAGGAGACGUCGGCGACAGAGAAGCGGAAUCGUGGACACGAGAGAGAGUGUGUGUUUUGGCUCAGCGCAAGGCAGCACCGUCGACGCUGCGGCGCCGCGGCAGCGGCGGAGCUCUUGCUCGGCGGGCACGGGCGGCACGACGCUUGCCGCGCUCGGGCGUCUCUGGCUGGUCGGCCGUGCGACGGUCAUUCGACGACGGCGAGCGCUCGGGAUGCGAGCCGAGGCGACGUUUGCCCAGCGUCGGCGUGCUUUGCGCGCUGGAUGCCGCCGAGAACGACGAGUACGAGAGCGAGUGUGCCUGCGUCGAGCGCGGCUGGAGCGCCGACGACGUCGAGCUCGUCGAGCGCGCCAUGCGCAGCCGGAGCGAUGGCAGCGAGAGCAUGCGUGGCAGAGCCUGUCGUGCCUCCGACACCGACGACAUCGACGGCGACGGCGACCAGAAGAAGGACGCCGGCGCCGGGUCGGAAAAGGUGCCGGGCGCCGCGGUGGGUGCCUCGAUCACAGUGGACGCGUGCGGCGAAAGACGCAUCGAGUCGUCCUCGGCCUCAUCGGCCUCUUCGGCAGUCGCCUCGGUCGAGGAGGCCCGCCAGGGGCCCUCGAGGAACUCGGUCGGCCGCGACGGCGGCGGAAUGGCGAUGGGCGGACUGCUGGUACUCGACAUGCUCUGGCUCGGAGGUGGCGAGCUCGGCACCGACGGCGACGACGGCGCCGGGGCGGUGUUGCUGCUGGCGCCUUCCUGUGGACCGAACGGCCGCUGCUGCGCCAGCAGACUGGCGCGGCGCAGCGUCUGCGAGCUGCCGGCGAAGGACGAGAAGGACGAUGGCAAGCGCGCUGGCGAGGCCGGAGCCGGCGACGGCGAGGCUUGCGGGGACGAGUUGUGCGUGCAGGGCGCCGACUGCGUGCCGCCGACCGAGGCGAUGCGCGAGCGCGGCCGCGAGAGGGCCGAGACGGCAAGCGGUGCGCUGUGCGGCUGCGGCGAAGGCGCAAAGCUGGCAGCCGAGACGAGCGUCGGGCUGGUGAGCGGCGUCAAGGGACGGAGAAGCGAGAGCGUCGGCGGGCCCGUGUUGCUGCGCUUGCGCGUGUCGACGGGCGCCGAGGAGGCCAGCUGCGACGGCGAUGUUGGCACGGAGAGGCGGUUCGACGGCGGCGAGCCCGGACUGCCGAGCUUGAGACGCAGCAGCGAGCUGGUCUGCGAGUUGCUGCCGCUGGCUGCUCGCGAGUGGGCGCCGCUGAGCUCCAUGCUGCUCUCGCGAGAGUGACGGCGCGAGGUGCCGAGCGAGAGCGGCGGGAUGCGUGCGGCGCCGCUGGCCGAGGAGCGACGAGAGAGAGUGGUGGGCGAGUGCCGCAGCGGAGGACUGCCGAGCGACGCCGAGGGCCGCCGGGCAAAGAGCAGCGCCGGCGGCGGCGGCGCCCGUCCGGCGAGCGGCGUCGGCGUGGCGAGGCCGUCGAGCAGCUCCUCCUCGGGCAGCGGCGCGGCAACGCUGCUGCCGAGCGGUGCAAAGGCGGUGCGAGGGCUCAUGCUGUGCGCACGAGUCUCGGCCAGACGGAGUGUCGAGGCGGAGAGGGCGUGGUAGCCAGCGGCCGCCGCCACGUCGUCCUCGUCCUCGCUCGACGACGAGCAGAGCAGCUCGUCGAGGUCGCGGCGGCCCGUGCUGCGGUCGCGGUCCAUGUCGACGCUGCGGCUCUGCGAGCGGCGCGCCGAGGCGAGCGAGAAGCGGCGCGCGGCGCUGGAGCGGCCGCGCGCCGGCGGGCCGGCGUCGUCGAAGAGGGACGACAGCUCGACGUCGGCGGUGCGCGGCGAGUGCGCAGAGGAGUGCGAGGGGGUACGCAGGGCAAAGGGACGAAAGUGCGGCGGCAGCACCUCGACCUCCUCGUCGGCGCCCGCUACAUGAGCGUGCUGGCUGCCGAGUGCGUGCGUGGGCGACGAUGGCACCGAGGAGCGGGGUGCGGGCCGCACGCGGCGGGCCAGCAUGGCGGGCGAAGGCCGGCGCUCGCCUGUGCGCGAGGCGAGGUGUGGAGGGCGGCGCGGCGCGGGGCAGCGGUACACGCGCCAAGCAAGGCAGCGGCGCCAAGCGCCACGCAGCGUCAGGUGGCUGGAUCGGCGCCGGCUGCGGCGGGCGCACGGGUGAGAUGCGGGCCAAAGCGUGCGGAGGGCAGGGUGCGGCGAGAUGCGAGAUGCGAGAUGCAGAAUAGAGAGGGAGGCGAGGGCCGGGCUCAGCGAGAUGAGGGCGGCCUUUUUGGCGGACGAGGAGGUGCUGGGCGGCGGCGAGUCACGCUGGCGCAGGGUGCAGGGCACGCGCGCGUGCAGCAGGGAGCGCAGAGCGAGGGACGCGGCAGGGCUGUGACUCGCACAACGGCCUGCGCUGGGGAUGGGAGAUGGGAGAUGGCGGUUGCGGACAAGGAGAUGGUGCAACAGCGGGCAGAAGAAGGGCUGCGGCCGGGCCUGCUGCUGAGCUGCAGCGGGCUGCCGGCGGCGGCGGCGCCCUGCCGAGCGCUCUCUCGACGCCCGCCGCCCUCCUCUCGCCGGCGUACCUCGCGGGCGCGCGGCGCUCAACUUUGGGCGUGCAGCAAGCACCCUGCAACCGCCUGCAGGCACGCACGCACGCACAGUUCACCAUGGAGCAUCUCAUGCUGUGCUGCUGCACCGUCGCGUGCGUGCUGAGCGGCUGACUCGGCUGCCGCUGCGCUGCGAUGCGAUGCGUGCUGAUUGAUGUCGAUAGCGCAGCGCGAGGCGCGAGAGAGUGCCAGCGCCGGCGCGGCGCGGCAGGCUGCGAGCGGCCCGGCGGCGCACACCCCUUGCCCAGCCCGUGCCCAGAGCCAACGCAGCCGCCUUCGAAGCGUUCGUGCUGCUGAGCUGCUCCUCUCUCUGCGGCUGCCCGCUAUUUGCUGCGUGCUGUGUCACAGCAGCCUUGCUGCUGCGGGCGCGCGCCUCGGCGCCUUUCUGCCGGGAACGCGCCG